GAUAAAAAAAAAAAAAAGAGCGACCCUUCCUCCUCCCACUAUUCAUUACAUCGUGUUAGUCAGCCGGUGUGUGUAGGUUUACUCACACAGAGUCGAGGAGACACGCUUUACUUACAGAACGGACCAAAAACCUACCGAAAACAUGGGACGGGACAUCUUUUAGCGAGAGCGAGACGGUCCGAACUAACUCGGCUCUUUUCUUCGGUGGUUUUCGGUGUAAAACUUCGCCUCUGUCAGCGUUUACCGGCGUGCUUCGCCGGGGGAAAAGAAACGAAAAGCAUUACAUUUACAGUGGACGUGAAGGCUAGCUCUGAAAUAAAAAGUGGUAACAGCCCUCGAGACAGGAUACUUUGUAGUCAGUGGGAUGUAAAAGCUCUGGAAGCAGGACCAGGACUGACUGCAGGAGCAUGGUGAAACACCAACCCCUCCAGGUCUAUGAGCGGCAGCUGUGUUUGUCAUGUAUCACUGGGAUCUACGGUUGCCGAUGGAAACGCUAUCAGCGUUCCCAUGAUGACACCACCAAGUGGGAGCUGCUGUGGUCCCUCAUCCUCCUCCUCACUUUCUGUCUGCUACUGGUCUGGUUCUACUUCUGGUGGGAGGCACAUAAUGACUACAAUGAGUUCAACUGGUUCCUCUACAACCGCUCUGGGGAGUGGAGUGAUGGCACUGUUCCCAUCCUGGCCACCACUGCUGCUGGUUUCACCUACAUUGCAUUUUUAAUGGUUUUAGCACUUUGUCACAUAGCACUUGGGCAACAGCUAAAUUUGCACUGGCUCCAUAAGAUAGGAGUGACUGCUGCUCUGCUCACCACCAUUGCUGGAGUUAUAUCUGUCAGUCAAACAUGGGGCCAAGAGUGGGAUGUCAUCCCCAUCUCCCUGCAGGCCACAGGUCCGUUCCUGCACAUCGGGGCACUUGCUGCAGUCACAGCACUGUCUUGGAUUGUGGCUGGACAGGUCACCCGCACAGAAAAAACAAUUUUCCAGCUGGUGGUUGUGCUGCUGUAUCUCAGUGUGUUACUGGGACUCUACGUGGUACCCCUCUACAUCACGUCCCCCUGCAUUAUGGACCCCACCACCCUCAAACCACGCCCUGAUGUUAUUGGCCACCAGGGUGCCCCCAUGCUCGCUCCAGAGAACACAAUGUGGUCAUUUCAGCGAGCUCUGCAAAUGAACGUCACAGGGUUGGAGACUGACGUGGCCAUCAGUGUGGAUGGAGUGCCUUUCCUGAUGCAUGACCAUACCCUGUGGAGGACCACAGAUGUGGAGAAGGUUUUCCCGGACAGACAGCUGGUUGAAACCUCGUUCUUCAACUGGACAGAUCUGCAGCAGCUCAACGCAGGACAGUGGUUCCUCCAGAAUGACCCUUUCUGGACAGUGCACACACUGUCCCCACAUGAGAAGGAUCUGAUUGCUAACCAGAAGGUGUGCAGCCUGGAGCAGCUCCUCAAGCUGGCUUCCUUUCAUAACACCACAGUGGUCUUCAGGGUCAGGAGACCUCCUCCAGAGCACCCCUGCUACCACAGCUGGAUCAAUGAUACACUGCAAGCUGUGCAGCAAUCUGGGACUCCUCAGAGCCUGGUGAUGUGGACUCCAGAUGAGCACAGAGCUCAGGUGAAACGGCUGGCUCCUGGUCUGAUCCAGACCUCACUGGAGAAACAAAGUCCCGAAAGUCUCCAUCAGUACGGCAUCAACAGGCUGAUGCUUAGAUACAACCAGGCCAGCAUGCAGGAAAUCAGGAACUUUUCCGAGAGCCACAUCAACCUCAUCCUCUUCACGGUCAAUGAACCCUGGCUGUACUCUGUGCUCUGGUGCAGCGGGGUGUCUUCAGUCUCCUCUGAGGCUCCACAUGUUCUCAGAAAGGUGCCUUACCCCAUCUGGCUCAUGACACCAGAUGAAUACUGCCUGAUGUGGGUGUCUGCAGACCUCAUCUCCUUUGCUGUAGUCAUAGGAAUAUUCAUUUUCCAGAACUAUCACAUGAUCAGGUAUCGAAUGAGCGGUAUGCGUGGCUACAACCCUGAACAGAUCAUGCUGAGUGCCACAGUCAGGAGAUCCAGUCGAGACAUCAACAUCAUGAAGGAGAAACUUAUCUUCUCUGAGGUGAGCAAUGGAGUUGGCGGUGCUGAGGAGCUAUAUGCAGACAAUGACUACGAGUACUACACCAAUCGGGGCAUCAGCCAUUGAUUUGGACUCAGGGAGUCUUCUGACGUGAGAUGGAGACGACAGCACUCAGAACUCCCACCAUUCCUGUUGGUCAGUGUGAAGUCCUCUGUCCUACUGAUUAACUGACAGAAAAGAGCCACCCAGCCGCUUUGUGUACAUUCUGUAAACGGUUUUUGUUUUUGUUUUGUUUUUUUUUGCUUAUCAGUGUAUAUCACACAGGGCUACACGCACUUUUAUUGAUGGAAUUCGCCAAAUCCGUGGCCUACUCUCAUCUAAAUACUGAGAGGCCCCUCGGAGUUCCCACUGCCUGCUACUUUUUAAAAAUAGGUUUCCAAAUUCUUUAAGCUAAUUCUCCAAAGCUGUUUUCAUUUGUAAGCACUGUAAAUUACAUUCCACUCUUUGAAUUUCUUUUUAGCAAGGCUUUUUAAAGGUUUUAUUGUUGUAUGAGCCAACUAGCUAACAGUUAAUUAUGCUCUGGCCUAAUAUUUAAAGAGGGAAAAAAAACAGAUGUUUACAGAAGUCCUGCCUCUUCCAUGUGAAAUAUUCACAUGGUAUAUGUAAGAUAAUUAUUUUAAUAGAGGCUGAAUGACAACCCCACCUAUUUUUAACCAGUGCAUGUAACAGUAUUGAUUAUAUCAGAUGACUUGAGUGAGCUGUGGAACCGGAACUGGUGAAAAUGGUUUGGAGUCUUUUAAUGGUUAAUGUGAAUGUGUUUUGGAUUGUUUUUGUUUGUUUUUAAGAUGUGUAUGGUAUAUACUGUAUGUAUCCUGGCUGGGUAUAGUUUGCCCUGUGUGCAGUGUUAUGUAGUGUUAUUGUACAUACAAGGUGAAUCAAUGGGCGAUGGUCCAGCCAACUGAGAAUUACAUUUGAACACUGACAUAAUUGCAGUAGCAACAGUCUGAUAUUGGCAGUCAUUUCAUUUCCUCCACAGCCUCUGGGUUGUACGUAGUUAAGUUCUGCAAUAUUUUACAAACAAAAAGCAUAUAAACAUUGGUUUCUGGUAUAAAACUGAAUGCUGGAAGAUGAAUGAAAUG